AUGCUCCUCCCAAAACAAAUUCGAGUCAGCCUUCGGGCUUUGCCCAGAACUACCAGAUGCCUAUCAACCACAACCGUCCGCCCUUGGGCAACGCCGACAAACCGGUACCCGCCCAACGACCCACGUGGCGCCAAUCCUGUUGACGACAUCGACCUGGUCUUCGACUACCCCUCCGAAGGCCAAACCAGCCACCAAAAGGAGCCGCUCGAGAAGUCUGGCUUGGAUUAUCAUUCGGCCCUACCGCACCGCCCCAAGGUCGGCCAGAAUAUCCCCGGUGCCGGGAAGAUGGGCAAGGAGAUGGGAGCCACGGACAGCAACGUCAUAUACAUUGGCCUUGGUGCUGUCGGCUUGGGUGGCUUGUAUAUGAUGAUGCGACGACGGAAUCCCAACCCCAAGAGCAACAUGACACAGCCAGGUGACUUGGCCGCACAGAAGCCCGCCGAAACCCAGAUGGAGCGGGUGCUUGGGCGCGGUAGAUGA